CACAUGCUCUGCUCUUGUUCACUUUCCCGUUUCAGCUUUUUUGGUGAUCCAUAGAAAUCAGAAAAAAGUCUCUAUCUCUUUUUUCUUCAACUUAUCACAGAUGGAGGGCUUCAACAAUUCUGCGUCAGGCAACGAAGGAACUGCGUUAAUGACUCCAUAUUACACUCCAUACCAGACGAAGGGGCUGAGCAAGUCUGAUCUUCCCACUGUCGAUAUGGACCUGUUUCCUGGCUCGGCUGGUCAUAGCUCUGGGGUUUCUUCAAAGCAGACCUCUGGAUCACCUUUCUCCUCGUCCUCAGAAUCAGAAUCUGAAAAUUCUAAUUCAUCCAUAAAUCGUUACCAUGGCUUGCCAAUGAAUACUGAUGGCAAUGGACUCCACCACCGGGAGAUCAAGCUGAAUGAAGGAUUUCUUGGUCCAGAGUCUCAAAAGCAGAUGGCUGGGGAGGAUCAUACGGAUAAUACAUUGUGGGAAAGUGAUUAUACAAGUUAUGAGGAAUUGCUCAGCAAACUCAUUAAAACUGAGGAAGAGCUGAGAGAUGCAAGAUUAAAACUUCGGCUCUCAGAGGAGGAGGUUAUCAAUUCAAAGAGUCAGAUUGUGAAUUGUGAGGAUCAGCUCCAUCAUGUGCUAAAGGAAUUAAAAAUGAGGGAGGGCGAUCUUGAAUGUGAAAAAGAAAAGGUCCUGAAGUUGCAAAAUCAAACAUCUGAUAUGGAAACUCGCGUUCAAGAUUGUUGCUGCAAAAUUGCAGAGCUGACGGAAGAAUUAGCGGUAGCUAGAGAACAUCUUAGAGUAUCGAAAUAUGAGAUUGCAGAAUUAAAAAAUAAAUGUGAUAGUGGUCAUGAAUUGCAAUGUCAGCUUGAACGGGCACAAGAAAAUGUCGCCACAUUAGAAGCGGAGCUUGAUUCAGGGAGAAAGCAGAUUCGAGAGCUGGAAGAAGAAAUUACAUGGUACAAAGGUAAUGAGAGCAAACGUGAGCAUGAGGUGCUAAAUUUGAAGGCUGAAAUGCUUGAUGCCCAGACCAGGUAUUCUUUGGAGAAAGAGCUUUUGAAGUCUGACGUUUUAAGUUUGUCAGAAGCAAGAACACAGCUGGACUCUGCACUCAAGGAAUGGGAGUUAAGAAGCCACUUGUUAGAAAAUAAAUUUAGGCAGUGUGAGGCUGAAAAGUUGAAACUAGAAGAGCAAAAUGCAGCCCAAGAAAUGGUUCUACGAGGUGAAAUCAGUUUUUUGAAGGAAGAACUUGGUGAAAGAAGGCAUGAUAUUGACGCCUUGAACAAGGAAAUCGACGGCCAUAAGCAUAAGUAUGACAUGGUGGUGGCUGAAAAUGACGGAGCCAGUGCAAAGAUUCAUAAACUCAUAGCAGACGCAAGAACCCGAGACAAUCUGAUUGAGAAUAUGGAGAAAGACCUUUGCCUGUUUCAUGCCCACCAUGAAGAGCUCAAAUCAAUAUCUGAAGCUAGACUUAAUCAAGUAAAUGAGUUGAAAUUGAAACUGAAAGAGCUAGAGAUAAUGGUGGCUAGACAGAAAGCCGUAAUGUCGGAGAGAGCUGAGGAGAAGAGGGAGGCCAUACGGCAACUCUGCUAUGCACUUGAUCACUUUAAGAGUGGAUACCAGGAACUCCGUCGAGCAUUUACUGAGCAAAGGCGUCAUGCUGUUGCAACUUCCUAAGUUACAUUCAGUUUGAGUAUCAUCACUCCUAUCUCGCAGAUGCUAAAGCUUUGCUUAUCAUCAAUAUUUGCAUUCAUUUUUCUUGCAUCUGUGAGCAUAUCAACAUUAUAUGAUGUUGACUAGCUUAUCACCAAGCAUCAAACAGUUAGAUUGAUAAUUGACGUUGUGCAACACAACACUUGUUUUAUUUUUGGGUAGCGGGGAUUAUAAUUAAUGCUUGAUAAUCUAUUUCUCUUUAGAUAUUUGAACUGAGCCAUUAUGUGCCAUCCAUUUGAACUCUGCUUACUAGUCAAGUCAACUUCACUUGUGGCUGUGGGAGUGGGAAUCUUAUGGUUAACGUA